AGUCUGAGGAAGAGUGGACAGAUGAGGCAGGGUCUUCCUCUGGCGCUCACACACAUGGUGGAGUUUGUGGAGAAGCACGGUCUCAGCAAGAUCGGCCUGUUCAUAGUCGGCGGAUCAGUACAACGCUGCAGGGACCUAAAGAAAGGUUUCGAUGAUGGAGGCUUUCCAGAGCGUGACAGUAGGGAUGUAGAUACUUGGGCCUCCUUACUGAAACAUUUCCUCAAGGAAAUACCUGGUGGACUUAUCCCGGAGCCACACAAGACACAACUGCUGCAGGUGUUCAGGGUAAGAGAAGUUGAGGUGGUGAUGAGUGAACGUGUUAAGCACUUGCCGCUCAGCAAAACAGAUUUAUCCGACUGGUCUUACUGA